UCUGAAUCCUAUUGGCGAAGGAAUACAUCAAUCCAACUAACUAUCUAUUCCUUCGCCAAAAAUCUUCCAUCGGAAACCAAAGCUUUCCAGGGGAAAAAAGCAACUCACAAAACCUUUGGCUGUCUCUCUUCAACCCGUGAAAUCCUCCAUCUACCCAAAACUCCCUCCUGCGUGUAGCAGAAAAAAGAAGAGCCACAAGGUCGAUUUCUGAAUCACGAGAAGAACCCCUCCUCCCUCCAUUUCGCCAUUACACUUUGGCUUUGACAACACCAUUUGGGCCUCAAACUCUGGUUCACACACCACAGCUUCCAAUGCCCUCCAAACAAAGCUGCUCGUGAUCAUGCUCUUUUCAAACGCGUCUAUAAACCCACACCCCUAAAGUCUCUGCCUUUGGGAAACAACAAUGGAGAAAAAACAAACAAUGAAGCCAGCUUCUCCGAAGCCAGGGGACAGCCAUUUCGUGGACAUCCAUGAAGUACUCCACGAAGGAGAUGAAGAAGGAGGUGGAGAAGAAGAGAGAACAACAAUGGAACGCAACCAAAAACCAAACCGGCCUCCAUCGGCCAGGCAAUUCAGAAUCCGCGGGUUUGGAGGCCAAAGAAGUGGUGUUAGCUUCAGCAGGCAGGUUUCCUUGGAGACGGGGUUUUCAGCUCUCAUGGGCAAGGAAGCUGCUUCAUCGUCGAAAGCCAAUAAAGAUGAAGGGAUUAAGGUCCUGCCCAGGAGCGGGCGGAGCUUUGGUGGGUUCGAUUCGGCUAAACGGCUCAAUGUUGGUGGUAUUGAUGCAGGGGAAAAGAAAGGGGACUUCAGCAUGUUCAGGACGAAAUCGAGCCUCAGCAAGCAGAAUUCGUUGCUGCCGAUUAAGAAAGGUGACAAUCGGUCGGACCCGAUGGAGUAUUGGUCGGGGCAGAGGAAUAACAAUGAUCAGAAUUCGAACCAUGUUAAUGGCGGUGGUGAUCACGACUCUGUUCAUAAUGGUGUUCCUGCUGGGAGGUACUUUGCUGCUCUUACCGGACCCGAGCUCGACCAAGUCAAGGACUAUGAAGACAUUCUGCUGCCAAAGGACGAGCUCUGGCCAUUCCUCCUGCGCUUCCCAAUCGGUUGCUUCGGUAUCUGUCUCGGCCUGAGCAGCCAAGCAGUCCUCUGGCGAGCGCUAGCAACUUCCCCUGCCACCCAAUUCCUCCAUGUCACGCCAUUCAUCAAUCUCAUCCUCUGGCUCUUGGCCAUAGCAGUCCUGUUCUCUGUCUCCAUCACCUACAUCCUCAAAUGCAUCUUCUACUUCGAAGCCGUUCGUCGUGAGUACUUCCACCCGGUCAGGGUGAACUUCUUCUUCGCACCCUGGGUCGUCUGCAUGUUCCUAGCCAUCGGAGCACCACCGAUGCUCUCGCCGGAGAAGCUCCACCCGGCCAUAUGGUGCGUCUUCAUGGGGCCUUACUUCUUCCUGGAGCUGAAGAUCUACGGACAGUGGCUGUCUGGCGGGAAGAGGCGGCUGUGCAAGGUGGCGAACCCGUCUUCUCAUCUGUCAGUGGUGGGGAACUUCGUGGGGGCGAUUCUGGCGGCCAGAGUGGGGUGGCUGGAAGCCGCUAAGUUCUUGUGGGCGGUAGGGUUCGCGCAUUACCUCGUGGUGUUUGUGACUCUGUAUCAGAGGCUGCCGACGAGUGAGGCAUUGCCUAAAGAGCUUCAUCCUGUUUACUCGAUGUUCAUCGCGGCGCCAUCGGCGGCCAGCAUUGCUUGGGAGACUAUAUAUGGGGAGUUUGAUGGGUUGUCAAGGACUUGCUACUUCAUUGCUCUGUUUCUCUAUGUGUCUCUUGUCGUUCGAGUCAAGUUCUUCACCGGGUUUAGGUUCUCAGUAGCGUGGUGGUCUUACACAUUUCCAAUGACAACGGCAUCAGUGGCGACAAUUAAGUAUGCAGAACACGUACCUUGUAUCCCAAGCAAGGUCCUCGUGUUGAUCUUGUCCUUCAUGUCGACGACGAUGGUGCUGAUGCUUUUCGUCUCCACAUUGCUCCAUGGCUUUGUGUGGAGGACUCUGUUUCCGAACGAUCUUGCCAUCGCCAUAACGAAGAAGAGACUCGUGAGGGACAAGAAGCCACUGAAGAGCAGCUUCAGAAGGUGGACGAAACAGGCGUUGAACAAGCAUAACUCUGGCAACAAGGAUUCUGGGGAUGAGAAGGAAUCAUCCACUCACAAAUAAUGUAAGGCUUCAGCAGCAGCUAUAGUAUAGAUAUAGUACCACAUAGCAAAUUAGCAAUUGUAACACUUUUUUGUUCCUUUUGUGGUAAGAAGCAAUGGAG